AUGCGCACAGCGUCCGUGCACAGCUCGGACAAGGACGACGACCUCUUUGGUGACGUGGUGCACCUCAACAACCUCAACGAAGCCUGCUUCCACGCCAGCGACAGCAUCGUUCACUGGUCAUACAAUAGCACCGAGGUCGACCUCGCCCAGCUCUGGUCCCGCGACGAGACACCACAGGACGAGCUCAUUGCGCACCUCGCGCACUGCCCGGGCGUUGACAUCUUCCUUCCCACGGGCUUGCGCGGCCACGGGUACUGCGAAGACGGUAUGGCGUACGUCAAGUUUCUCAAGACGCGCGCGCUGCCGCUCUGGGUCUUUGAUUUGCGCUUCGACUACCAAGGCAAAGUGCAAUGCCGAACAAAUAUCAGCUAUUUCGACUUGUGCCCGAACACGGCCCUGCUCUUUAUGAACCACUACAUGGACGGCGUCCCUAGCCGCCCGGACUUUCCCAAGGACAAGGUCAUCAUCUCGAUGCCCAACGUGGAAAUGUACGAGCUCAAGGAGAAAGACUAUCACCGCUUCGACGUCGUCCUCUGCAAGACGCGCGACGGCUACGACCGCCUCUCACAAUGGUACAAGGACUUUGGAAACCCGCGCAACACGACACUGCUCUACGUCCAGCACACGUCGUCCGACCCGUCGACGGCCGCGCACAUGCAUGCUCUAUCACACCCCAAGCUGCCACCGAUCCAGCCCAAGGACUUUGACAACAUCACGUUCUUCCACGCCAACGGCAACAGUUGGCAAAAAAGCACGCCGUCCGUGCUCAAGUGCUGGCAACGCCGACCGGAUCUGCCAACCAUUGACGUCUAUACGCUCAGCACCAAGACGCAAGAGGACUUUGAGGAGAUUUUCGGACCGGAUGCCGCGCCACCCAACGUGCGAUUCCACCACGGCAAGGCCAUCGACGCGUCUCAGUUUGGCCGCGAACUCGUUCAAGCCAGCGUCAUCUUGUGUCCGAGCAAGAUGGAGGGCUACGGCCACUACAUCAACCAAGCACGCGCGUCCGGCGCGCUUGUCUUGACGACGGACGGGCCGCCCAUGAAUGAGUUUGUCGAUGAGGACUCUGGUGUCCUCAUCAAUGCGCAUCGCCUAGGGCCCAACUCGAACCAGCUCUUGAGCAUCUACGGGGGCAUGGAGUGGGACGUGACGCCCGACGGUGUCUGCGACGCAGUCGAUACCGUGCUGGCGCUAACGCCCUCCGAGCGGCAGCGACGCGCCGAGAACGGACGCCGGCGGUACGAAGCGCAGCUGGUCGCGUUCAAGGAGAACAUGCGCCAAGUGCGCGCCGUCUUUGACGUCUAAGCUCUCCUCGUACUACACGCGUAGUAUAUUUGCAGUCGCUUCGCCGAGCAAGACAUCUGUCAGUAGCCCUCUGAACCGAUAGCACCACGUACGAUUCCUCACCGG